UCUGAGAACCCAAUUCUCCUAGGAUAGAACUUUAAAUUCUUGAUUGUUAAUUAGAUUAUAUUAAAUGUGUAAAACAUAUUCACUGUACGAAAGCUUUUAAUUGUUGUAUGACAACACGAAGACUAAAAUAAACUUUGCAAAGCCAAAAACAGCCAAUCAGCAACUAUGACCCGAAAAAUUCCAUUUCCCGUAUGUUUCUAUAUUCUUCAAAGUAUCUUCUUCACUUCUGAUAAUUCCAAACAAGCAUUUGUGAAUUCUCUUUCAAACCAACCAAACAUGUCAAUAGUCAAAACAAUGAAAUCAAUCUAUAUAAACUAUUUUACCUCCCUCCCCACACCGUACCAAAAACUUCUUUCUCUUGCUCUUUAAGUUCCUACAAGAAAAUACUAAGCUAGAUGAGAAGCAAAGAGGGUAGGCAAAGUAAGCUAAGGCGAUACAUUGCCGCACCAAAGAGAUUUCUAGCCAAGGCUAGAGAUUUUUACGUUAAAAGCAUGAUUGAAUUCGAUGGAAGGGUUGUCUAUGGUAGCAACAUGAUGAUGGCCAUGCCUGCUCCCCGGGUAUCCCACAUGCCAAAAUAUUUUGGAGCAAGUUUGAAGAACGCUAUGAAAAAUGAUGAGAAAUGGAAGGAGCUUCAUCGAUUGAUGAAUUCCAAGACCAAUGAGGAUAAUAAUUCUGAUAAGGGAGGAUUAUGUCAGAGAAAUAGCAAGGUGGAUGCUUUUGAUGAUUUGUUUAGAUGUUAUAGUGUUAGUGUAGGAAGAAUGGGAAGAAUUGAUGAAGAUGAACCAUGCUUUUUCAGAGAAGAAGAAAUCAUUAUGAAGAGUGAGAUCUUGAUUCCUUCAGGCAGACGCUAGGCUUCGUUGUUAGGUUGUUUUGCCCUUUGUUUCCCUUUAUCUCAUUCUGUCUGUAUAAUUUUGUUGUUGUUUUCACUUUUUGCUGGCUUGGAUUCUAUUGUUUGGCAAUUCACGAAUCUUAUGUUUAUGAUGUUAUUUUAA